AACCGCAGGUUCGUUAUCUCCCGUCGUGCCUGGCAACCGCAAUUAAAAACAAAAUGGCGGGCACUUCUUCGACUCUGAAAAGAUAAUAAUUAUGUUAUGGCAAUUUCUCGAUGGACUAAAAAAACCUCAUCGUAAUUAUGGCUCAGAUAGAGAACGUGGGUGCACAGGAGUCCGUCCCGAGCAAACGCUGGGUGUGGAAGGAUGACACCAACACUCUUGAGGCCGUCAGUAACAACCAUGGCGUUGAUAAGGGAGCUAAUUACUCUACAGCUGCCAACAAGGCAAAACGAAACAAGGGGCAGCUGGGCAUUCACUUCCAAUCAGAUGUCAAGAAAAAUGACAGGGGAACUCCAUCUGUUAUGUCUAAGAACUAUGGUGGAGCAGCUGCCCCUGGCUCUAGAAAAGGUCAGACAUACCUUAUGGCCCAGCGUCAGGGAAAUAAAGGAUCAUCACCACGCCCUAGUCUUCGGGCAGGAGCUAAUGAGCACGCCAAAGUUACUCUAGAAGAUGUCAAAGGUAUUGCGCUAGAUGCUCUCCCUGAAGUUGACCUUCUUCCUGAUGCCUUCCAGAGUUGUUACAGUUCACAGCAGUUUGAUGAAUACCUGUUUGCCAUCUUGAACUACUUUGAGUCCUUCUUUGAGAGACUGGCUAUUGAAAACAAACCCAAGCCAAUGGCUGUGGAGCCCAGCUUGGCUGAGAAGAAGGCACUUGCUUCAGCUUACACGAGGCAGGAGACGGCACAGAAGUUACUUGCUCAGAAGUACUGUGUCAUGGUUCUGGGUCUUGGCCUUGAGGAUCAACACCACAUGGCUUGUGGCAGGGCGCGUUGUUCAAACACCGAAAAGGACAGGGAUAUGUAUGAGACACUGUACACAUUUGCAUCAUAUGUCACCUUCAUCACUUUCCGGAGACAGCACUUGGAUCUGAUACAAAAAGAACUGGGAAGAAUGUUCAGGUCAGACACAUUUAACCCUGCUAGCAGACCCAAAGAAAUACAAGAGGUUUAUGCCAUUGACAGACUGCGAGACAGUAGUAAAAAACCGCUGACACCUGCCCAGUAUCGCAGGCUCAAACCGAAGAGACCAGCGAUCAAGUCUAUAGUAAAUCAGUGCUCGCCCGUGCUUGUUUCUCUUCUUCCCACUGCUAAGGAUUCCACUCCAUGGUUUGUCGAUCGGACCAAAGCAAUUCCCCUGUCUCCAGACGAUAUGCCACAUGAGAAUGAAAGACAUGGAAUGCACCUUAGCCACAAAGUGGGCAUUAUUGGAGAGCCAAUGUCAGGGUUCAAUCCAUUGACGCUGGUACCAUUUGGGGAGGAGCACGAAGGCAAUGCUGACGAGAAUGAGGAGAUAAGAAGAGGAUCCUUGACGACUGAGUCGGCAGUUCCACCUUUACAGAGUACUGGGUUGACGAAUGAUAAUGAGACUGGUGAGGAAGAAAUGGUGUGAUGUGCACAUUCAAGGAAACACAAUUCAAAUUUAUUUUAUCUUAACAAAAGUAAAACAAUGUUACUGUCUUGUUUAUUUGUUAAGUUCUCGGUUAAUAGAAAACUUGUGAAGCUCUCA